AUCUUCCAUUCCUAACUUCUGCUCAACUCUCUGAAUGAUGAACCUCUUCUAUCCCUGAAUAAUUUGAGCAGAGUGGAAAGCUGUCUGUCAGAGGCCUCUGCUCUAUGCAAGUACUCCAGAUCACAUCCAUGUUUCUCUUCUGCGUUAGCUUUUUUGUUUUUAAAGAAAGAUAUUUCUUACUCCAGUUCCAUGUCCUCAAGACCAAGCUGUCACUAACUGGGAAUCUUGUUGGCAGCCUCACACAAGAGGGACAGGACUGUGUGGGCCAUGGGGACUGAAUUCACCUGUGGAAUUCAGGGCAGAGUUGGAGCACAUUUCUGGAUUACUAUAAAUUGAAGGAGUACUUCGAGUUGAUUUGCCAUCAUCGGCAAAAAAGAAGCAGUUCAGUUGUAUUGAUUAUCGGCUUUGUUUUUUAUGCCAAAAGAGUUGUAAUGAGGCACUGGUUAAGAUGUCAGCAUCGAGUCAGAAAUUACUGGAAUCCAUCUGCAAAUGGCAUUAGUGUGGAGAUAGAGUACCAUGUAGUAACUGCAUCUUUGGAGAAUACCACCGUGGAGAACUGGGCUAAACACAAUGCUUCAGUGGCACCUCACAUGGUUAUAAGAAGUGUGCCCAUAAGGCUGGAGAGAAAGUACAUCAAGCACCCAGGAAAAUGUUGAAGAUGCCAGGAUGAGUGCCAUCUGUGGGCAAGUCUUUGCUGUUCUUUAUUUGAUCUGUCAGGACUGCUAAUUGACGUUUGUACCUCACAGCACUGGAAGACCUUGUUAAAUACUUCUUUGCUUUAGAUUUAACCAGCUAUACUGUGAUGAUUGCCUGGUACCUCCCUGAAAUAAGAGGUGUAGAAAAAUGGAGGAAUUUUGAAAAGGAAAUUGGGUUGUUAAAAGGCCGUCAGCUCCCUUCUGUGCACUUGGUUCAGAUGAAGCCCUAGAACAUAAAAACAGAGCAAGGAAAGUGAAGGGGGGUAGAGUGGGCAUAACACAGUAUCCAAAGGCUCUUUCACAGUUUUUCCUGACAAAUCCAGAACUCCAUCCAUCAAGUUUUGAAUGAAACAUUUGGCAUAGCUGGGAUGACUUCCCCAGAAAAAAACAAGCACCAUCUAAAUUAAUUAGGUGCAGUUAAAUGCCAAGAAGGGGCAAUUUAAAAAAUAAUAAUAAUAAUAAUAAAAAAUGGAGAUAUCCUAUCUCUUAGAAUUGGAAGGGACCUUGAAAGGUCAUCGAGUCCAGCCCCCUGCCUUCACUAGCAGGACCAAGUACUGAUUUUGCCGCAGAUCCCUAAGUGGCCCCCUCAAGGAUUGAACUCACAACCCUGGGUUUAGCAGGCCAACGUUCAAACCACUGAGCUGUCCCUCCCGCCCCCAUCCCCCAGGAUGGCAACCUGUUUGGGCCGGAGCUCAUUAAUAUUAUGAUAAAAGCAGUCUUCAGUGAUGAGAUAGCUGAAGAUGUCAGUCAAAUGCAUACUUUUGGUCAUGAUUUGUAUGAAACCUUUAAAACCCAAAGAAUUAUCCCAGGCUCUUUCAAUCUAUGGGCUCCAGUCAAGAAGAACAGACUAAAGGUGUGCUCUUUUAUAUAUGAGAUAAAGUCAGAGUGAAGGUGGCAGGGAUGAUGACUGAGUUAACCACAUAGGACACUGUUUGCACUUCUCCUGGUUGUGUCCAGAUCUCAAAAUGAUAUUGGCAUGUGAGACUUCGGAAAUGUAAUAGUUCUCAGUGGUACCACAAUUGAUGUUUUAAUGUGAUAGAACAAUGCAUAUGUACCAGGCAAAAAGCAAACUAAUGCACAUCUUCCAUUGUGUUCCUAAGCCACCACCUAUUAACAAUUUGGCCAGGACCUUAUACCAGCAGAGACCUUUCAGCAUAGCAAUCAUAGAUGCUAUGGUUGAGGUGUAUGCUCUCAACAAACCAGAAACUGUUAAUACCUGCCACGAUUUGGCUGAACACUUCAUUAUGAGGCUACAGAGAAAAUACUGGAUGUAUUACGAAGUCCAUCUUGCAUUUGACACGUAUGCAGAGAAAGCAAUGAAAAAUAUUACCAGGCAGAAGAGACUCCAUGGUAUUACAAUUGUCCAAUACAAAAUAAUUGACUCCACAACUUCUCCAAUGUCACAAUGGAAGGUUGACUGGAAAGACCAAAUUAUCUUACUGGAAGGCAUUUGAUUCAACCUCCAAAGACUUUCCUCACUCUUAAGGUACUCAGAACGGCUGAGACAGUCACUAAUGAGGUCAUAAAUGCACUAGAGACGUUCAUAUGCUGAGUUUAUCAUUUUAAGACCAACAUGACAACACUCGCAGAGCUACAUAGAUGGAUGUUUUCCAAGAAGCAGACAAAUGGAGAAAAAUUGCCACUGACAAGGGGUGCAUUUAUACCUGCUAACACAAGGGCAAAUUAUCAAGCAAUGGAAUGGCUCCAGGAUGAUUGAACACAUCCAAAAUAAUUCUCCCUAUCGGACAUGGAUGGGUCUUGUUAUGUGUGAAAUACCAUAUACUCCUGAAUUAAUCCUUCAGCUAAUCAGAUGCUCACCCUGUAAAUGUUUGGCCAUCAGCCUGUCUUGUAUGGAGAGGUGCGAGAGUGGCAUGGACAAGGAUCAGUGUGACAGCAUGUCUAGCAAUGGUGCCCUAGACCGAGAUGACCUGGAUGGUGAUUUUGCUGAAUAAAUGUUUUCAAUCCUGCAAGUCAAGGCUAACUUCUCUAGGAUUACCAAAGAUCAAUGUCUUUUUUAUGUAUGCAUUGCAUUCCUGAGUUGAAGUAUAAUUAAAGUUGAUUUUUAAGCAUUUUCUCAAAUAUAAUUGUUCUUGGUUUGUCAUGUUGAAUACCAUUAUGUUUGUCAGAGAAAGGGCUUUCGAGUGAUACCCAUCUCAACCCAUUUCCAACAUUACCCUGUUAUCAAAAUUUCCACCGACCGGAGGACCUGGAGCUGGGGGGAGAAAGAUGCAAGUUCCUGCCUGUCGCAGAGGAUGAUACCAUUGAAAUUAUGAUUCUGUAGAUUUUUAUGAAUCAACUGGCACUUCGCUGUCACUAACUUGCCCACAGAAUGAGAUUUUACUACAUUACACUCCCAGACUAAAAUGGAAACUUGCACAGCUGCUGCCCAUGCUGUACCUUUCACUAGCACCACAUUCAUACCAAAUAAAUAUACAUCUGUAUUUUUCUAAUCCAACCAUAAUCUAAUAGUAUUUGUAGACUUUGCGGGAGAUGUUAGUCACACCACCCUGUGCUGUGAUCCUGUUAGAUUUAGCUAAACAAGAUCAAACUGGGUCAGUACUUGGAUGAUAGACCACUAAGGAAAACCUAGGUGCUCUAGGAAGUAGAAUUGGUGAUCCAAUAGGUGUCAGCCAGUGCGGAACUGAACUGAUGCCCCAACGUGGUGUUGGGGGGAACUGUGCUAUUGGAAGUUCUGUCUUUCAAAUGACAUAUAAAAUCAAGAUCUUGAGCAUUCGUGAUCAUUAUGGAGUCCAUGGAGUAGGGCAGUAUCCUGGCCAAAUUCCAACUUGGGUAAUUACAUUCCGCUCACUUAAGGUGUACAGUGAUGGUUUCCACAUAUCGGUGUUGGAUAAAGUGACUCCUAUGUAUAGUUGAGAAUCAAUUCAAGUCUGUAAAGCACUUUGGGAUCUUCCAGAAUGAAUGGUGCAAUAGAAAUGUCACCUUAUCCUUUACGGAUCGUUCCAGAAAGCCUUGUGUUGAAUGACUUCAGUGCUGAUUUCCUUGAAGUGCCAGUGUUCCAAUUGAUUAUUUGGUAUGUCCGAGGUGUAUAGGAUAGCAAGGGAGUGUAUUUUCCCUAUGUACAUUGCACUGAGGCAAGUAAUAAUUUUUUUCUCUCCCUGAACUCUCCUCCUGUUUUUGUACCCAGAUUUGAUUACUUGCAUGCAAUGUUUGCCUUGCACAUCCACAAGUUUUCUGGAUGAGAUCACUGUAUUUCACUGGGAUAUUGCUUCUGGUCUAUAGCAGGUAGACCUUACACUGAUUAGUUCUUAAUUCUUUUACUCCACAUUAAAGAUAGAACCAAGAAAAAACGGUUAGUCACCUUCUCAUAACUGUUGUUCUUUGAGGUGUGUUGUUCACGUCCAUUCCAAUCAGGUGUGUGUACAUGCACAUGUGCAUGGUAGCCAGAACAUUUUUCCCUUAGCAGCAUCUGUUGGGUCGGUCUGGGCACCCCCUGGAGUCACACCUUCAUGGCGCUUAAUAUAGAGCCCUGCCGACGCGCCACCCCCUCAGUAUCUUCUUGCCGGCUACUCCGACGGGGGUAGAAGGGUGGGUAUUGGAAUGGAUAUGAACAACACAUCUUGAAGAACAAUAGUUACGAGAAGUUGAGUAACCAUUUUUUUUCUUCUUCAAGUGCAUGUUCGUGUCCAUUCCCAAUCAGAUGACUCUCAAGCCCAGAUUCAGGAGGUGAGGUUGGAGUCGUCCACUGAUUGGAGCACCACUCUUCCAAAGGCCACAUCAUCUCUGGCCUGUUGGGUGAUUGCAUAGUGCCUGGUGAAAGUGUAAAUGGAGGACCACGUCGCCGCUCUGCAGAUUUCCUGGGUGGGAACCUGCGCCAGGAAUCCUGUUGAAGAGGCCUGAGCCCUGGUAGAAUGAUCGAAGGAGCAAGUACUCCUGCCUGGUUGUAGCACUCCUGGAUGCAGGACGUGAUCCAUGACGAAAUCCAUUGAGAAGAGACAGCAAGACCUUUCGUUCUGUCUGCCACUGCUACGAAUAACUGCACCGAGUUUCAGAAUGGUAACGUUCUCUCGAUGUAGAAGGCUAGCACUCUGUGGACAUCCAAUGAGUGAAGUCUUUUCUCCCUGCUGCCAGGACCGGCUCCAGCUUAUUUGCCACCCCAAGCGGUGGAAAAACAAAACAAAACCCAAAGCCGAUUGAGCUGCCACAGAAGUGCCGCCAAAGACUAAAACGGAGCGCUGAAGUGCCGGACGUGCCGUCCUGAUAAUGGACAGAGUGCUGACCCUUUCUAUUGGCCACCCCAGGUACCUGCUUCCUUUGCUGGUGCCUGGAGCCGGCCCUGCCUGCUGCUCGAGUGCGGCUUAGGAUAGAAUACCGGGUGGAAGAUGUCCUGGUUGAUGUGAAACUGGGAAACAACCUUCAGGAGGAAAGCCGGGUGAGGUCUGAGCUGGACCUUGUCCUUAUGGAACACAGUGUAAGGGGGCUCUGAAGUCAGGACCUUGAGCUCAGACACCCUCCUGGCUGAGGUUAUUGCUACCAGAAAUGCUACCUUGUAUGAGAGUUGGAGCAGGGAGCAUGUCACCAAAAGUUCAAAGGGUGGUCCCAUGAGUCUGGAAAGGACCAGAUUGAGGUCCCAAGCCGGGACAUGCUGCCAGAAAUGCGGGUAUAGCCUGUCGACCCCUUUAAGGAAACGGCUGACCAUAGAUUUGGCAAAGACCGAGUGGCCCUCUGCACCUGGAUGAAAGGCAGUGAUGGUGGCCAAGUGAACCCUUAUUGACAACAUGGACAGCCCCUGCUGCUUGAGAUGGAGGAGAUAGUCUAAUAUAAAUUGCACAGAGGCGAGCAUCGGGGUGAAUGAUGCUGCGCCAACCAGAUUGAAAAUCUCUUCCACUUAGCAAGGUAGGUAGUUCUGGUGGAGGGCUUUCUACUGCCCAGGAGGACUUAUCUAACCGAGUCUGAGCAGGAGAGCUCCAUGGAGCUUCCACACCAUGAAGUCCAGCAACUCUAGGUUCGGAUGUUGGAGACCACCAUGAUCCUAAGUUAGUAAGUCUGGGAAGAGCGGCAAGGUGACUGGCGCUUCCAUGGACAUUUUCAGGAGUGAUGUGUACUAGCGUUGGCGGGGCCAGGCUGGAGCUAUCAGAAUCACCGAAGCUUCUUCCCUCCAUAUCUUGAGGAGCACCUUGUGAACGAGAGGGAUGGGUGGGGACGCAUAUAGGAGAUGGCCUCCCCAUGGGAGGAGGAACACGUCCGUGAUGGAUCCUGGGCUGUGAUUCAAGAAGGAGCAAAACUGCUGACACUUCCUGUUGUGUUGCCUGGCGAACAGGCCCAUCUGGGGAAAACAGCACUGAUGGAAAAUGUCCGGGCGAAGGGACCACUCAUGGUCGUGGAACGAUCUGCUGAGAUGGUCUGCCAACUCAUUUUGUACUGCAGGGAGGUAUGAUGCUUGCAGGUGUAUCGAGUGUUCUGCACAGAAGUCCCACAGCAUGAGGGCUUCCUGGCACAUGGGAGAAGAGCAUGCACCCCCUUUUGUUGAUAUAAAACAUCGCCAUGGUGUUGUCUGUCAUGACUGAUACACAUCUCCCUGCAAGGUGUGCUCAGAAAGUCUGGCAUGCCAGACAUACAGCUCUCUGACAUUGAUGUAGAGAGCAAGAUCCACCUGAGACCAGAGGCCUUGGGUUCUUAGGUCUCCCAAAUGUGCCCCCCAGCCCAAAUCUGACAUGUCCGUCACUAGUGAGAGGGAUGGCUGAGGGCUGGUGAAAGGGACCCCUGCAAAUACUACCUGUGGGUCGAGCCACCACAGGAGGGAGUCAAGUACUGGGCAAGUCAGGGUUACAAUCCUGUCCAAACUGUUGUGGGCUGGCCGAUACACUGAUGCCAGCCAUGAUUGAAGAGGUCGAAGUCUGGCAUGCUGUACUAUGUAGGUACAAGCUGCCAUGUGUCCUAGAAGUUUUAGGCAGUUCCAUGCUGUGGUGGUGGGACAUUGUCUGUCUGGGACCUUGAAAAACGGUCUUGAAAUCUCGCAUCUGGAAGGAAUGCCCUGGUGUGUGUCAAGUCCAGUACCAUCCCUACAAAUUCUAUCAGCUGAACUGGGGACAGCAUUGAUUUCCCCUUGUUCAGUAGCAGGCCCAGUUCAUAGAAAGAAGCUCUUAUGAAGGCAAACUGCCUUUCUACUUGAAUCCUGGAUUGACCCUUGACCUGUACCUGUCGCCUGUGGAGGAACGUGGCCACGACUGCCAUGCACUUGCUGAAUACUUGGUGUGGCUGACAGGCUGAAUGGGAGGACUGUGAACUGGUAGUGGGUGUUGUUCACCACAAACCUGAGGUAUUUUCUGUCAGACUGAGUUAUUAUUAUGUGAAAGUAUGCAUUCUUCAAGUUGAGGGUGGCAUACCAGUCUCCUGGAUCUAAUGAAUGGAUGAUGGAGGCCAAAGAGACCAUGUGGAACUCGAGCUUCUUCGCAAACUUUUUGAGUUCUCGCAGGUCUAGGAUGGGCCUGGGCCUGAGCCUGCCUUUGGCUAUCAGUACUAGGAAAUACCGAGAAUAGAAACCAUUGCCCUUUUGUUCCUGAGGAACCUCUUCCACUGCCCCCAGCAAAAGGCGCGAGUGCACCUCCUGUAUAAGGAGUUGCUCGUGAGAGAGGUCCCCGAAGAGGGACAUUGAAGGAUGGUGGGAGGGUACAGAAUGGGAUGGAAUAUCCCCUCUAUACUGUGCGGAACACUCAGCCGUGAAGUGAUAAGGGACCAAGCACAGUAGAAAGGGGACAGUCAGGACAAAAAGGUAAGGCGGGGUAGAUUCAGUUUUUGUUCUGGUGCGCCAUCCUCGACUGCACUUCAAAAGGCCUGUUUAGGGCCAAAAGGUGGCUUGGAUUGGCCAGAGCUCUGGCCUGAUGACAAGUGUGGCCUUUUCCCUCCACUCCUGUUCCUCCUCUGGGAACCAUCCUGAUGGUUCUGCUGGUAGAAGUGCAGGGAAGGUUGUGGUCUAAAAUGCUUCUGCUGCAUAGCGGGAGUAUGGAGGCCCAAUGAUUUGAGAGUGGUUCUCGAGUGCUUUUGGCUAUGCAGCCUUUUGUCUGUUUUCUCAGAAAAGAGAGCCGAAUCCUCGAAUGGGAGGUCCUGAAUAGUCUAUUGGAUCUCAUAUGGCAGGCCCGAGACAUGGAGCCAGGAGCCCCUUGUCAUGGCUAUGCCCGUAGCUUUAUCCGUUCCGUCCAGUGCAGCUUGUAGCGAAGCUCGCGAAAUGAGCUUCCCCCCCCCUCCACCAGGACUGAAAACUCGGUGCGGGAGUCCUGCGGUAUCAGCUCCGCAAAUUUUGCCAUUGCCCCACAUGUGUUGUAGCAGUACCUGCUGACAAUGGCCUGCUGAUUAGAGAUUUGGAGCUGCAAUCUGCCAGUGGAAUAGACCUUUCUCUCGUAAAAGUUGAGUCGUUUUGCCUCCCGAUUCUUUGGGGAGGAUCCGUGGAAGCCCUGGUGUUCACGUUGGUUGGCAGCAUCAAUAGAGAGAGAGUCAGGUGGGGGAUGAACAUACAAAUGCUCGUAGCACCUGGAUGGCACAAAGUAGCGCCUUUCGUUGUGCUUAGCUGUAGGGGGCAAUGAGGCUGGGGUCUGCCACAAAGUUUUUGUGGUGUCAGAGAUGAUCUUUAUAAGAGGCAAGGCGAUACGUGCAGGUCUGGAGGGAGCAAGGAUGUCUACCAUUGGAUCUGCGUCCUCCACUACCUCCCCCACCUGAAUACCCUGGGCAACCUGCCACAGCAAUUGCUGUAGAACCCAGCUGUUCUCCAGGGCUGGGGCUGUAGCCAGGCCCGCCCAGCGCCUUGUCCGGUGAGGAUGAGGAAGAGACCCCCCGUAAGGGAUGGCUGCUCCCUUCCUUCUUCACCCAAAGGGUCCUGCGGCACCUGGAUUUCUUGGGCCAGUGCCGACUCGGAUGGGGUCUUGUCCCUCGGUGUCAAGACUGCAUACACCGACGCCGGUGCUGAAAGUGUAAUUGGUGCCGAGGCUGUCAUCGGUGCCGGAGCCCUUGUCAGUGUUGGAGAUGUCGGAGCCAAAACAACUGGGGCUGGUGCAGGCUGCACUGGUGCUGGAGGCGAUGGGAUGGUAGUACCGGGUGGCAAUGCAGCUAUCCCUGAUCCUGCCAAUGCCAAUGGUGCUGGUGGGGGUACAAACAUGGCUGAGGCCACCGAUGUUGCCCUGGGAUGUGACCCUUGGCUCUGAACUUGGCUUUGAUGAAAAGCCCAGGGAGUCCAAAAGGGCCAUUGCUCCGGGGGCUGCCAUUGCACGGGCCACGGUGCCAGGUAAGGGUGCCGGUCCUGUGUUGACACUCCUAUGGGACCGAUAGCAGUCCAACUCUGAGGUGUCUGAAAAAGAGGACCACGGAGGAGCGGUAUUUCUAGGAGCCAACCGUUCAUGCCGAGGACUCGGGGACUGGCACAGCUGCUGGGUCUGUUCUGGUGCCCGGGAGUGGGGCACGCCAGGGUUGGAGAUCGAUGGGACAUCAUGGCGGGCUUUCCCCUUGAAGGUGCUCGGGGAGCGACCAGUGCCGGUGACGUGUCCAGUCUAGGAGGGGAGAACGGUGCCGUGAGAUGAAGCAAUUCUUGGGCUGCCUCGAAUGCCUCUGGAGUUGAAGGGAGGUGCAGCUCCCUGUCUUGGCCUCGGUGAACGAGGAGGGUCCAGACUCAACUGCCCUUCCAUGUGGGCAGGAGUCGAUGCAACUGUCACCGGUGGUGGAGCAGAAGUAGUGUGGCCCAGCUCGGGUCUCACAAUGGCUGGCUCCUUAGGCCUAACGGGGAGAACGACCGCUCUCUGGCCUCUUCUUCUGUGGUACUGGCGAUUGAGAACAGUGUGUGCGUGUGGCAUGUGAACCAUGAAUGGAGCCGGGAUGGUACCGUGAGUACUUGUCCUUACUCAGCACUGGUGCUUGUGCUGACGGUGCCAGAGCUCUCCGCACCGAGGAACUCGGCACAGGGUCAGUCGACUUGGGGUCACACUGGGGGCGGAGUGCAGCCUCCAUUAACAGGACCUUCAGGUGCUGAUCUCUAUCCUUUAAUGCCCUGGGCCGAAAGGUCUUGCAGAUGGUGCAACGAUCCUUCUGAUGGUUCUCUCCUAAACGCUUCAAACACGAAGUGUGAGGAUCGCUUCUGGGCAUACAUGUGCCGCAGACUUCGCAGGCUUUGAAGCCUGGAGACCCGGGCAUGCCCUGGCAUCGAGAGAGUGUAGGAGGGGAAAGAAAACAAUGUAACACUAAGGGCUGCUGACUAUUUAAUUAACACUACAGAGCUAAUGAAAACUAUGUAUAUAGACUGCUAAAUGCACUUGCCAAGACAAGAGCAUAGGAAAGUUCCAGCUAAUCGUUACUGGCGGUAAGAAGGAACUGAGGGGGUGGUGGGUGGGCAGGGCUCUAUAUUUGAAUGUCCUAAAGGCGCAACUCCAGGGGGCACCCAGACCGACCCAACAGAUGCUGCUAUGGGAAAAUCUUCUGACUACCAUGCAUGUGCAUGCGUGCACACCUGAUUGGAAUGGACAUGAACAGGCACUCAGAAGAAUACACUGUUUUGGUUACCUCAUGUAGCUCUAAGGAGUGUAGUUUUCUUGACCUUCAUUAUGUUAAGGUCAGCUUGUGCCAGACUUCAGAGCGCUGAUAAACUUGAAGAAUCCCAAUAGAAAAAGCCACCUCAGUGACUAACAUUCUGUUGCCCUCGCUGGUAUCAGUUACCCUUCAAUUAGCAGCUAAAAUCUGAAAUGCACAAAGUAGUAAUGGCUAUUGACAAGAAGCUUGUAAAUGAAUGGGCAGUUCUCCCAGCCUUUCAAAGAGAUCUGAUGAUUCAGCAUGGCAGCACUGCAAGUGCCAAGUAUGAGAUAAUCAGACCUGCAGAGCCAUUGGCAGGAUUGUUUCUGGAAUGACUUUGGUUCUUUCUAAGCUAUUUUCACCUCUUGUUGGUUACCAGUCCUGCCUUUUGGGAGCAUGAGCAUCAUUGGCUCUGGACUCUUGUUUAAAGGCACUUUGUAAAAUAAUGUAUUGUUUGCACAAAGCUUAAUGGAAUAAGUAACGCCGAUUGUAAAGGGGUGUAAUGAUGGUUAUAUAGCGCUUUCACCCCAAAGGAUCCCAAAAUGCCUUACAAGCUAUAUACAGCCACAUAUGCUACAAAGUAUGAGCAUCUCAUGACAUUUGGGUAUCUUGUUAGUUUCCUGAAUUGACUUUUGGGUAUAUUGCUAGUAACUCUUUUUGUGAGCACACGAUGGCGCCGUUGAAACCAGGUAGUUUUCAGGCCUAACAGUUUGCUCCAUGAAUUUGUUCAGAGCUGAGGGGAAACAUGCGUGUGUCCUGUGUGUUGAUGCUGCAUGCCUAGUGGGAGUGUCAUAACAAAUGGUUGAGGGAAUGGCAGAAGGAGGGGACGCCGGUGCUCCGCCCAUCCAUCUGUGGGUGCGACGGGUAGGCGUCUACUGUGAUGAACGCCGUAAAACAUGGCUCGUGGCUGUGGAAGAGGAGGCAGGUACCCUGAGGGCCCGGAUUCAACGAGUUCGGGUCCCCCUGGGUGAGGCACUGCGACCCAGCCAACUUCCCCCAUCGCAACUGCCUCACAUGUGGCAGCUUUCCGAGGGCGAGCAGUACAGGGAUAGUAACUCUCGCAUUUGGGAGAUACAGCACCACCUAAUGAUCGGGGGAGUUGAGGAGCUGCUGCUUAGACUCAUGCCCGGUGAUUAACCUGGAGCGGUGCCUCUAGGAAGAUGUCCCUGUUUGUUUUGUACAAUAUAUGAUUCUCCCACCUCAGAGGUGGGAGGUGGCAGCUGUUUAACAG